UUCCCUUGUCUGACAUGCAUCAUCACACCUUUCGGGGGCCAGAACAAAACGUCUCGUGGUAAGGUGACAAUAUUAUAGCAGAACCCAGACACACUCGAUCAACAGCAUGUCAUCUCCGAUUAUCUUCUACGACCUCCCCUCGACCCUGUCGGUGAAUGCGUGGUCCCCAAACACCUGGAAGACCCGAUAUGCCUUGAAUAUCAAGGGUGUUGCGUACAAGACCCAGUGGGUCGAGUACCCUGACAUUGAGGCGCUUGCCAAGAAAAUUGGGGCGCCACCAACAGGCGCCAAGGCCGACGGCAGCCCAUCAUACACCCUCCCCAUUAUCAAUGACCCCAAUACCGGAAAGGUCGUUUCUGACUCCUUCCUUAUCGCCGAAUACCUCGAUGCAACUUACCCGGGUGGAAAUACGUUGUUCCCCCCCGGUACCAAGCCCCUGAUGGCAGCAUUAGAGGCUGGUGUUAUAGGAGGCAUCGGAAGCAUUUUCCCCCACCAGCUCGCUAUCAGCUGCUACAUCCUGAAUCCGUCCAGUGAGAAGUAUUUCAGGGCAACCAGAGAAGCAACCUAUGGGAAGAAGAUUGAGGAGUUUUCUCCUGCUGGUACCCAGCGUGAUGCUGACUGGGCUAAGACCAAGGAGGGCCUUGCUGCUGUAGAUGGAUGGCUGGCGAAGAAUGGGGGAGGGAAGUUUGUUAUGGGAAACACUGUCUCGUAUGCAGACGGUAUCCUUGGAGCGUGGCUCACCUGGAUCAAAAUUACCAAUGGUGAAAGUAGUGCUGCGUGGAAGGAUUUCGCUAGCUGGCAGGGAGGAAGGUGGGGCACCUACGUUUCCAACUUGCAGUCCUUCGCGACAGUCUUGUAGAUACUCUCUACCCCCUAGACA